CCUGCACACAGUUAAUGUUUUUAAUUUGGUUUCUUAUUCAAAAGUAAAUAUUCUGUUGCUUGUUAAAUACUGUCUACGAAAACAUUAUGUACACAUAACAAGUACUGUAUAAUGGCAAAAAUGAAUCAACAAUUGAUAUGUGUUUUGGUGAUAGUACUGGUGCUGACCUGUGCCUACCAGUGCUCCGUAACCUACCGCGUGAUAAGACAAGACCCCAACAAGACUGAGGCGGCCAUCGAUAUCCGGGAACAGUCUCUCUACUGGACUAUUGUAUUGCGAUUUAGUAAUAAAGUCAGACUUAAGGUUAAUAAAGGUGGCAGUGUAUUGUCAUCAUCACCAGAGGGCAACAUUUAUAUACUUGCUGGCAAUCCAAUAGGACCUGGACAAAAUUUA